AUGAUCAUUCCGAUCCGGUGCUUCACGUGUGGAAAGGUCAUAGCAAACAAAUGGGAGAGUUACUUAGGCUUACUACAAGCUGAAUACACGGAAGGUGAUGCUUUGGAUGCACUUGGACUUAAGCGAUAUUGUUGUAGACGUAUGUUACUCGGUCACGUUGAUUUAAUUGAAAAGCUUCUCAAUUAUGCACCGCUUGAAAAAUAA